GAGUGCAGGACCAGACCAGGCUUACAGAAAUACUCCUGCCAGCUGACACUGGACCCCAACACAGCACACAGAGAACUCUCUCUGUCAGAAGGGAACAGGAAGGCGACGCGGGGAGCAGAGCGACAGCCAUAUCCUGAUCAUCCAGGGAGAUUUGACUGGUGGGAACAAGUUCUGUGCAGAGAGAGUCUGACUGGUCGCUGUUACUGGGAGGCUGAGUGGAGUGGAGAUGGAGCCUGGAUAGGAAUGACUUAUAAAGGAAUCAGGAGGAAAGGAUUAAGUGUCGACUCUCGGUUGGGACGCAAUGACAAGUCCUGGAUUCUGCGCUGUGGUCCUGACAGUUACUCUGUCCAGCACAAUAAUAAACGGACUGUCAUACCCAUAAAGCCCUCAGGCUCCCGCAGAGUAGGAGUGUAUCUGAACUGGGGGGCUGGUGCUCUGUCCUUCUACAGAGUCUCCUCUGAUGGACUGACCCUCCUGCGCAAGGUCACCUCCUCAUUCACUGAACCCCUCUGUCCAGGGUUUGGGGUUCAUUUUAACUCCUCAGUGUCGCUGUGCAUGCUGGGAUAGCUUACUGCGUGCUUGAGGAAUAAUUUUUACUGUAUCACAUGUGACAUGUUACUGGUUCUCCAAGGUAAAUGUCUUUUUACCCUGUAUUAUUCAUUUUACUCUCAAAUGUAUGUCUGACAAAAAUAAAUGACAAGGAUGGGUCAG